AUGAACUGCUGCUCUUCCUGUUCCUCUUACAGCAGCUCUGAGGACAAUAUGAACUCCAGCAGACGUUUCGACAGCUAUAACGAAGCUUUCACAAAGAACUUCAUCAUCUUUUUCCUGGUAUUCACCAUCAUCUGCAUCAAUGGAGCUUUUGUCUACACAUACUUCAAGAGCAAGGACUUCCAGCGAGACCCCAGGAUCAGCCCUUUGAAUCUGGCUGGCAUGGCGUUGGAGCGUUACAUCGCCGUGUGUCUUCCUCUUCAUCACGUCCAGAUCUGCACGGUGCAGAGAGCCCACCUCCUCAUCGCUCUCAUCUGGCUCGUGUCCUUCAUCCCUGCCUUCACUGACAUCAUCAUCAUCCUCAUCACUCAGACUCUGUCUGUCUUCUCAAAGAAGGUCCUCUGUAACCCCACCUUGGUCUUCAACACACCGUACCACGUGACCCUCAGUCUAGUGGUGGAGGUGCUCCUGUUCUCCUUCGUCUUCCUCACGGUGGUCUUCACCUAUCUGAACGUGCUCCUCGCAGCUCGGGGGGUUUCAGGUGUGAGUCGAGCCUCGAUGAGAAACGCCCGAAACACCAUCCUGCUCCACAGGGUCCAGCUGCUCCUCUGCCUGCUGUCCUUCAUCUCGCCCUUCAUCGACCUCAUCCUCGUCACCAAUUGGCCCCACAAGAGAACAGACAUCUUCUUCAGCACCUUCCUCUUCACCAACGUUCUUCCUCGUCUUCUCAGCCCUCUCAUCUACGGCCUCAGAGACAAGAAGUUCCGCGGGAAAAUCCGGACGCAUUUCUGCUUUAAAGGAUGCAGGACAGUGGAGGAGAGGAUGAAAGUACGACCGAGGAGAACGUCCAAACAGGCGAUACACUGA